AUGGAGGUGAAUAAAAAGUUUAACCAUGACCAAUCUUCUUCAUCUCAUCCAAUAAUUUUAUCGAUGUUCGAGUGUGUCUGGUCUCCCUCUGUCACCUCAUCAUCAUAUCGACAAAUAGUUGAGGUUGCUAUCGUUGUGAUGAAGAGUGAUAGCUAUUAG